AGAUGUCAGCGAUCAGCUCCAGUCCAGAUGAUCCAGAGAUCAGGAUUCUUCUGAUGGGCAGAUAUGGUUCUGGGCAAAGCUCAUCAGGAAACACCAUACUGGGAGAAAUGAUGUUUAAAGUUAAGAAACAUGAGACUGAAGUGUGUGAGGUUAAAACACAGAUUGGUGGGAAGCAGGUGUAUGUGAUUAAUUCUCCAGAUCUAUGGCAUCCAUACCUGAAUAAAGAGAAGCUGAAGAUGAUGAAAGAGAAGCUGGUCUCUCGAUGUUCAGCAGGUAUCAGUGCAGUUCUACUCACCGUUCCUCUAGAGCAACCUGUGCAAAAUGAGGAAGAGAUCCUGGAUUAUAUUAAAGACUUACUUGGUCCUGAAGUUCAGAAAUACAUGAUGAUUCUGUUCACACGUGCAGAUGAACUAAAAGAGCUGGAUAAACCACAGACCAUUGAUGAAUAUCUACAACAUGAAAAGCAUGUGGAUCUCCGGCAACUGGUGACUGAAUGUGGAGGAAGGUUUCACUGUUUCAAUAAUAAGAGUGAAUCAGACGAUCAGAUAGAAAUACUACUGCAGAAGAUUGAAACAAUGAUGAAGAAGAAUGGAGGGAAAUUUAUCAUGGAACGAAUGAGGAGGAGUGACAGUAAAAGAGAUCCUCCUGUCUUUUUUUCAGGAGAGUCUUCAGCAAUAGUUCCAGAUGAUAUUGAUGUGAUUCCUGAGAAAAAAGACCAGAUCAGGCUGGUUCUGCUGGGAAAAACUGGAUGUGGGAAAAGUGCCACUGGAAACACCAUCAUCGGCAGAAACAUGUUUACAUUUUCAGCAGGUUCAAAAUCUCAGACCAAACUGUGUCAGUCAGAAACUAGAGUGAGGUAUGGUAAAGAGAUUACAGUGAUCGACACUCCUGGAUUUUAUGAUACUGAACUCAGUAAAGAACAGGUUCAAAGAGAAAUAGUGAAAUGUGUAUCAUUAUCCUCUCCUGGACCACAUGCUUUUAUUAUCAUCAUUAGAGUGGGUCGAUUCAUCCGAUUCAUUGAGGAGGAGAAAAAUACAGUGCAACAUCUCAAAGAAGUGUUUGGAGAACAAAUACUAAAAUACACCAUGAUCCUCUUCACCCACAAAGAUCAGUUGGAGGAAAAUAAAACCACUAAUCAGUAUGUGCAGGAUGGUGAUCCAGAUCUUAGAUAACUUGUAGAGAGUUGUGUAAAUCGAUUCUUCUGUCUGGACAAUGAGACUGCCAGUUUCCCACAAUUCAAAGAACUGAUUAUUGAAAUAGAGACGAUGGUGGCAGAAAAUGGAGGGACACAUUUCACUAAUGACCUGUUUGAGAGAACGGAGAAAUACAUUCAGAAGUUUCAGAAACAGAAACUGGAUGAGAAAGUGAAGCGGUACAAACAGCAGCACAAACGGCUCCAUUAAACAGAAUGGAAGAAAAUAUGCUGUCGUUUAGCUGAGGAGUCACGAUGGGAAGCUCAGCGAUCUUUUUCUGAAGUAUUUCUAGUAUACUUGAACCUUUUCAUGAAUCACUGA